GUCAUUCUGUGCAGGAUGCCAGCGGGCUCGUCGCCGGCGGUCACACCGCUGUCAGUGCUACUAUCGCCGCUGUGGCUACUGCUAUUGCUCUGCUGGAGUACAGCGGUAACGGCGAGUAACAGCACGUCACCAGCGGCCCUGCAGCCGGCGUACAACGCCACGGCGCACGGUUCGGGGCCAAACAGAAGGCAAAAGCGACUGAUCGCCUACAACUACGACGAGCAAAGGAUAACUUUUCCUCCGGGAACCGUCUUCUUCAUAACGCCGACAUUAAAUGUUCCCUUUAUCAGAAACUUGAAAAAGGGAUUCGAGUCAAAAUUGACCAUCAGUGCACCAUUUCAAAUGAUAUUCGACGACUUCGGCAUCACGGACGAGUACAACCCGUGGGGAAUCGUGCCGGGCCUGUCUGUGCCCCAGGGCAGGCAGAAGGCGCGCCGCAGGAAGCAGCGGUACCGGCGCACAGUGGACGACUACAACCCGCACCCGCUCGGAGACAGGGUGACGCUGUUCCAAGUAAUCGAGCAGUACCUGACGAACCUGGGCCACAACGGGCCGGCCUGCCUGCUGCGGGCCAUCUGUGAGCUGAACCGCAGCUCGCUGCCCUACCACGGCCUGUUCGGCGAGUUUCUGCAGAUGGUGUUCAGGGUGAGCACCAGUCCGUACGCAGACGAGGUACUACCGGAGUACCUGAGGGCGGAGCUGUCGGGCCGAGAGUCGGGCGUUUGCGACCACUACUAUGACGAGUGUCCGUCGUCGCUGCUCGCCACGGUGCGAGAGAACCGGCGGAGAAUACCAUCGAAGAUCAAUGAAAUCACACAAAAGAUGAAGAAAACCUUUGACGAAAAUCAGCCGUCCGGAGCAUAACAGAUAAGAAGAUACAGCCAUCUACGUGCAUCUUCCGUUAAUGAAGGUAGCGUCUACUCGACGAAACCACAUCACCAUCGACGGGAGCCUGUUCGUGGUCGGAUGUUCAUUGCUUAUGUACUAUUCGCCGGUGUUACAGAUAAUUCUCGGGGCAUACUGUCAGGGACGGAAAGUAUGCCAGAUGGGCAUACUGUCAAGCUGGGCUGUAAUCCCGCUCAUAGCAUUUGAAGGUGGAAAAUGUGGGAAGCUCAAGAAAAGGUGAAGUAGGACGCUCAAGAAAAGGUGAAAUCAGACGCUCAAGGAAAAGUGGAAUUUGACGCUUGAAAGAGGUGGGAUCGGAAGCUCGAGCUUUGCUGUUGUGGCAUAUGAAAGGCUGUAGAUGCGCUCAUUGUUAUUGUUACUGAAUGCGUUACUUGUUACCCACACGUAAAUUCUAGUGUGAUUGUUUCAUGUUAUUCACCGCCGACUUCUUUGUUGAUGUUAUCAAGCAUUAUUAGGAGGCAUAUAUCCUACGGCCGCCGUAACGUACGUAGGUAUGAUAUUAUAGAAUUAUAGACUGUUGUAUUAUGAAAUCGUUCCUCGUGAAUAAACGAAAAUCGUAAUCACAAACA